UCUCCGACCAUGUGGGAUGCCCUAAUGUUUUCUCCAGAUUUUCAGGCAAUAUAUAUAUAUAUAUAUUCAACCAUUUAGACAUAUAUCUACCUAUCGAUCCUGCCUAAUAUGAUAUGAAACUAUGUGCUCUGCAGGUACAAACCUAUGCUGAAGAAGUAGUUUAUACAGUAUUAAAGGAACAAAUCAGGAUCAUGGUGGUGGAUGAACAAAAACAAAUCAACCCCAAGGAUAUGAUGAUACUCAUAGACACACUCCACCGCCUUGGAGUGGCACAUCACUUUCACAAAGAGAUUCAACAACAGAUUGCACGCAUCUUCCAACUUCAACAACAAAAAUUCGAUCAUGAUUAUGAUCUUUACACUACAUCACUGCAUUUUCGUUUGUUCAGGCUACAUGGCUACAAGGCUCCUUGCGGUGUUUUCAAUAAGUUUAAGGAUGAUAACGGAAAAUUUAAGAAAUCCCUUACCGAGGACAUUAGAGGGUUGUUGAGCUUGUACGAAGCAGCCCAACUGAGGUGCCGCCGAGAAGACCUUUCAAAUGAAGCCAAGGUCUUUGCCGCCCAAUAUUUAACACAAGCCAUGCCGAUGGCAGACUCUUGUCUUCACCACAGAGUGGAGCGAUCCCUUUCCCGGAAUAUGCAUUGGAGUCUUUCUAGAUUAGAGGCACGCUAUUACAUCUCCAUCUACGAGAAUGAAGAGUCAAAGAAUGAGCUACUUCUAAAGUUUGCCAAAUUGGAUUACAAUUUGCUGCAAAAUCUGCACAAAGAAAAGAUAAAUGAACUCAUGAGAUGGUGGAAGGGUCUUGGCAUCACUUCAAAACUACCCUUUGUAAGAGACUCUGUUGUGGAAUGCUAUCUUUUGACUGCAGCUCUCAACUUAGAUUACGCUACAUUGGAAGAAGCAAAAAAGUUUAUGGAGAUUCUUCAGCAGCAAAGGUGGGAUAUGGAAGAAGUUGAUCAACUUCCAGAUAUGAUGCAAAUAGCCUAUCAAACUAUUUUUAGUGUAUUAGAGAAGUUGGAACAACAUAUAUCGAAGCAAGGGCGGCCGUAUGCCGUUUCUUAUUUCAGAGGAGCAUACAUGGGACCCACACCAACAUUUCUCAAGUGCAUUGGCAAUGGGAUUUAUGACAGCAGCAGCCAUGGAGUUGUGGCAGCAUACCUUAUGGGCACAGAAUCAGCUUCAGAGAAGGUGUUUAGAUGGCUUAUGAGUGGUCCUGCAAUUGUAGAGGCUUCUGGUCAAUAUGUUCGAUACACCAAUGAUAUCUCCACCUAUAAACAUGAACAUAAGACAGACAAAUUUCCAAAUACAUCGAUUGAUUGCUACAUAAAAGAAUAUCGGGUGUCAAAAGAUGAAGCAAUAGCUAAGCUUCAGGAGCUUGCUGAGGAUGCAUGGAUGGCAAUGAAUGGGGAAUGGCUAUCAACAGGUGAUGUACCGAGAGAAUUUCUGAAGCUGGUAAUGAACUAUGCAAGAGCUGCAUAUCUUUCGUAUGGUGAAGGUUCAGAUGGAUUUACAAGUCCACAAACAGGGCUGAGUAAAGAAAUCGAAGCUCUCUUCAUCCAUCCUAUAACAACUAAUUGAUUCUUACAUAUAGUGCACCAUCAUCUAGAGGGCAAGUAAAUUUACAUUUCUUAUACAAAUUGAUCUCUACACAAAGCUUCUAUACAUAAGAGAUGAACUGUGGAAAUCCAUACUACGGCUACGGCACUAAAAUUUGAACCUCAAUGGGAUUCCAGCAAAAAUAAAGCAAGUAAAUAGGAACCUCA